UGAGCCACUCUUGGAGGUUACUUGACAAAAAUAUUCAAAAACAUUUCGAGGAAUAUUCCAAAGCCCUAACAUCCUCCAAUGUCCUUCAAAUCAAAAGGAAAAUCUUUGGCCGCGCGCUAAAUGUGGACACUUUUUGGACGCCAGACCGUGCUUUCAUUACGCAAAAAAAGAGAUUGUACUUCGAAAAGCAGAAUGAUGCACGUCCCUUUGGUGUUUCUUAUUCUCGUGUUACACGCAGUUAGAGAAAGAUGUGUGGCUACCGUAGCUGAGAAUUACGGACUGGGAAGAGUCAUAGAUCUUCGAAAGGUCAACUUACUGGCCGACUUCCAGGAGAAAGAGAACAGGAUCUUUGAGGAGCUACCGCCGAAAUGUCUCAUAAAGAAAACUUUGAAGUCUUCAAGCAGCCACUUCGAAUAUUAUGCAAAUACUAAGGCGUUUUAUGAAUCACUCGCCACUCAGUCAAGCUUGAGCGCCUCUUUGCAGUCCUCGUACUCAUUGGGUGUCACGGUAUCGGUUGCAACAGAGAGAAAAAGUUCAAAGAAUACUGAAGUGAGUGGCAUGUCUUUGAUCAAGCAGGCCUUAACAGAAAAGAUCCACGUCGAUAAAGAAUGUCUACUGAGUGACAACAUCACCUUGAAAGGAACAUUUAUUAAAGACUUCGAGAACUUGCCCGUACACAUAAAAAAUCCCUGGGAGCCAAACUCGUGGAGGGAGUAUCGUACUUUUCUUAACGAAUACGGCUCUCAUGCCAUAACGUCUGUUAAGCGCGGAUCAAGAUUUCAGCAAAUGACAUUCGCAGAGAGCUCGAAAGCCUACAGUCAAAGAGAUUUCCAAGUGAAAGCUUGCGUUUCGGCCGCAGGACCUACUCAGGUCGGAAUGGUCGGCGUCUCUGCAUGUUCAAACGUAAGCCAAAGUGAAAUAUCCAAAACAAGCAGCAUGAGCACGAGCGAGAAACGCUUUGUCAAAGGUGGAAAAAGGGAAACAAAUAGCAAGCUGAAAACACCCAAGAACAUUUCUUCUGAUGUAGCAGAUGUCCUCAAUGCGUCCCGUUUCUCGAAGCAUUUCGAGUUCCAACUGCUAGAGCCUGGAAACCCAGCUCCCUUUGAUGAGGUGUACAUAGAAGCAAUUCUGUUUGCUUUUUGUGCGUCACACAAACUGGCGCCCGGAGCGUGUUGCCCCAAACCGACCAAACCUGCUGAGCAGGAAAACGGCUGUUUCCCGAAAAGUGCGAAAACGGAUGCUGGGGCUCGCUACUGUUAA